AUGGAUCCUUAUCCGCUGACACGAGGCUGGAAGAGGCUCCUCCGCGUGUCAGCUGUGUAUCUGGUCCUCAUCUAUCAAGCUCAUCUUUCCUGGGCUGUUGACAGAGUGAACAUCUCUAAAUGGGAUGAAGUGAAUAACAGCGGGAGCAGCAGGAUAAAGCAGCAGAAAUGGGACACCGCUUCCCAGGGAGGGCAGAACCUCCAGACCAAAGCUGCUGCGCUAGAAAACAACACCUCAUCCUCCAGCCGUGCAUCGGUCAGCUGGACCGCCGCGUCCAACCAGACGUCCUCCAGCACAGAGAGGACGCCGACGCCCUCAUGGACGCUCGGCUCUGACCAGUCGUCUGCACCAAUUAGUUCAUCAAGAACAGGAUCAUCCAGCCAAUCACCAGGCAACACAUCACUAUACAACCAAUCCCAAACCAACUCAGCACCAAUCAGCAAAUCUGCAACAACAUUACCAAACCAAUCACCAACCCCCACAGUACCAACCAGCCAAUCGCAAAGCAGAACACCAUCACCUGUUAAAUCACCAAUUAGCUCAACACCAUCCAGCCAACCCCCAACAGAGAUAGAACAUAGCCAAUCAGCAGCCACCACAGUACCAACCAGCCAAUCUCCAAGCAGAACAACGCCACCCAGCCAAUCACCAACAAGUACGGCAUCAGCCAGAAAAUCAUCAGGCAGUACAACAGCCAGCCAAAUACCAACCAGGACAAUACCGAAUAGCCAAUCGGCUACCUCUGAAGUACGAGCUAGCCAAUCACCAACAACCACAACACCAGCCAGCCAAUCACCACCAACCGUAAUAUCAGUGAGUCAGUCACCAGUUAACAAUGCACCACCCAUCACCUUAUCUGACCAUUCAGCAGUCAGCUCUGUGAAACCCAUCCAAUCACCAUCAAGCCAAACACCACCGAGCCAAUCAACAACUGGCGCAAAAGCAUCAAAUCAAUCAUCUCCUGACCAAUCAUUAACCUCUAUAGUGUCGGACAAUAAUUUCAUAGCCAGCUCAGAAACGUCUCCCCACCUGUCAUCGUACAGCUUAACGUCUCAUAACCAAUCACGGUCCAAUGCAACACCUCCUGACCAAUCACUGACUGGCUCAGAUUCAUCAAACACCUCGGAGUCACCAGUCAACGGAGCCUUCGCCCCCGACGAGCGCCCGGUGAAUAUUUCACUCAUCACCAGGCAAGUGAAGGAGGCCCUGAGGUCGUCGAUUCGUCUGAGUCCAGCGGGCCGACGAGCAGGAAGCCCGCUGAGCAGAUGGUGUUACCGCAGGACGUUCGGUGCUCGGCGGUGCGUUCAGUUGGGGGCGGGGCAGACAGAUGGUACCUACAGACGUGACCUGUUGAUUCUCAAAGGCGGUCACGUGAUUCAGCGGUUCCGAGCAUGUGCGUACGGAAACGCUGGAGUAGCCGACUUUGGGACUCAGGCGGAGCCGUGUGAGUUUCCCUGUCUGAACGGAGGUCAGUGCGUCCAGUCGGAGUCAUGUGACUGCAGCUUGUAUCAGGCCACUGGCCACAGAUGUCAAACUGUCCCGAACCCCGGCUUCGAAAGGGAGAUGACCUGCAGGACGUGGGGUCAGUACAACUUCGAGACCUUCGACGGCCUUUACUUCUACUUCCCCGGCCGCUGCACGUACACUCUGCUGAGGGACUGCGAGGAAACCGCUCAGGCCGGCAUCGUCGUCCAGGUCCACAAUGAUCCAGCCUGUGGCGCCGCUCCCUACGCCUGCCAGCGAUCAGUCAGCCUCUUCCUGCCGUGGGAGGGCGAGGUCCGGCUGCACGGCACCAACGUGACCUUCAAAGGUCAAAGUGUGCAGCUGCCGCAUCACAUCCACGACCUGCAGCUGGAGCAGAUCUCUCAGUACGUGCUGGUGACGCGGCGGCACGGCUUCACGUUGGCCUGGGACGGACGCAGCGGCUCCGUCUACAUUAAGCUCAGCCCGGAGUUUGUGGGCAGAACCUGCGGCCUGUGCGGAAACUUCAACGCAGACGUCCAGGACGACCUGAAGACGAGCUACGGCGUCCUGACUCGUGAAGUAGAACUGUUCGGGAACAGCUGGGUGGAGACGGAGCCCCAUCAGGCCCGAUGUCCCUCGGUGCCGUCUGACUUCUCCUCACCCUGUGUCGGAGUCGACGCUCACGUCCUGCUGAAAGUGGAGGAGGUUUGUGCGAUGCUGCUGGAUCCUCCGUUUCAGAGCUGCCACGACUUUGUCAGUCCACUGUCGUUCAUGGCCGGCUGCUCCAACGACCUCUGCCUGUCGGGCCCCAGCGGUGACGUGGUGUGCCAGGUGUUCAGCGAGUACGCCCGGGCCUGUGCCCACGCCGACCACCCACUGCACGACUGGAGGCAGCACAUUCCUCACUGUGCGAGGCAGUGUCCUCUCGGUCUGCAGUACAGGGAAUGUAUCAGCUGCUGCCCGGAGUCCUGCAACCUGGAGAGGACGUGUAUCGACAGCAAACUGGCCUGUUUGGACGGAUGCUACUGUCCCGAUGGUCUGAUCUACGAGGACGGAGGUUGUGUGACGCCCUCCGACUGUCCCUGCGAGUACCACGGCAUGUUCUACCCGUCCGGACAAACGCUGCAGGAGGAAUGCAACAACUGCACGUGCACGGGUGGAGUGUGGAACUGCACCGACUACAGCUGCCCAGGCGAGUGCUCGGUUACUGGGGAUAUGUUUUUUCAGUCGUUUGACGGGCGGAUCUUCACUUUUCCUGCGACGUGUCAGUACGUCCUCGCCAAGAGUCGAAACUCCGGAAAGUUCACGGUCACCAUCCAGAACGCCCCCUGUGGAGCCAACUUGGACGGGUCCUGCAUCCAAUCGGUGAAUCUGGUUAUCGACGAGGAUCCGAGGACGGAGAUAACGCUGAGUCACGUCGGGGAGGUUUUCAUGGCGGCACAGUACCGCAUCUCCCUGCCAUACUCUGACGACGUCUUCCAGAUCCAGGAGCUGUCGUCCAUGUUCCUCCAGGUGAAGACGGCGUUCGGCCUGCGUCUGCAGUACAACUGGAAGGAGUUCCGUCUCUACCUGCAGGCCGACGAGCGCUGGAAGGAUGACACGGUGGGGCUGUGCGGCACCUUCAACGGAAACAUCCAGGAUGACUUCCUAUCUCCGUCAGGGAUGAUAGAAAGCACUCCGCAGCUGUUUGGAAACGCCUGGAGAGUCUCGUCGGCGUGUUCUCACAGUCUGAGCACGCCUCCGCUCGACCCCUGCGACACACACCAGCAGGCCGUGACCUACGCCUCUGGGAUGUGCGACGUCCUGAACCAGGAUCUGUUCUCCUCCUGCCACGAGUACCUGAGUCCGACACCGUUCCAUCAGCAGUGUCGCUCAGACACCUGUAAGUGUGGGACGCCCUGCCUCUGCUCCGCUCUGGCCCACUACGCUCGCCACUGCCGCAGAUUCUCCGUCAUCGUCGACUUCCGAUCGCACGUUACUGACUGUGACGUCCCCUGUCCCUCCACCAUGCAGUACGGCACCUGUGUGUCGUCCUGCCAGCGCCGCUGCUCCGCCCUGUCCGUCCCACAGCGCUGUGGGGAGGAGUGUGAGGAGGGCUGCGUCUGCCCCGAGGGAUCCUUCUACAACCAUCGCACACUCACCUGUGUGCACAGGAGCGAGUGUCCCUGCAGUUUCCUCGGAGCAGAUUACGAGCCGGGAGAUGUGAUCAUGACGUCCGCAGGUGUUCAGCUCUGUCUGAACGGUAAACUGGUGUCUCAAACAGCAGACAGUGACGGGUUGUGUCCGGCUGGUCAACUCUACCUGAACUGCUCGGAGGGGGGGGACGGCCUCCUGCCGGGAAGGGGCGUGGCCUGUGAGCGUACCUGUGAGUCCUACCUGCUGAACCUCACCUGCUCCGCACACGAGCCCUGCGUGGCCGGAUGCUCCUGUCCUCCCGGCUUCCUGAAACAUGGAGACGAGUGUUUCGAACCUGCAGCCUGCCCCUGUCUGUGGAAGGGAAAGGAGUAUUACCCGGGCGACAGAGUCUCCUCCCCCUGCCAUCAGUGUGUUUGCCAGCACGGGACGUUCCAGUGUGUGUUUCGUCCGUGUCCGUCCAUGUGCACGGCUUACGGAGAUCGCCACUACAGGACGUUCGAUGGCCUGCUGUAUGACUACGUUGGCGCAUGCAAAGUCUAUCUCGUAAAGAGCAGCGCCGAUGUGAUGCUCAGCGUCACGGCCGAGAACGUCGACUGUUUCGACAGCGGCGUCAUCUGCAGGAAGUCGCUGCUCAUCAGCAUCGGACGAUCCUUCGUGGCGUUCGACGACGACACUGGGAAGCCGAAUCCAUCCAGUGUGAUUGACAGGAAGCAGAGGAUGCUCAUCUGGCCGGCGGGAUACUUCACCGUGAUUCACUUCCCCGAGGAGGACGUCACCAUCCUCUGGGACCGUAAGACAACCGUCCACAUCCAGGUCGGACCUCACUGGCAGGGGAAGCUCAGCGGACUGUGUGGAAACUUUGACCUGAAGACGGUGAACGAGAUGCGGACGCCCGACAACAUCGACUCUCCUACGCCACAGGAGUUUGGGAACAGCUGGACGGCAGCGGAGUGUGUGAACAGUCCCGACAUCAGACACCCCUGCAGCCUCAGUCCUCUCAGAGAACCCUUUGCCAAGCGUCAAUGUGCCGUCCUGCUCGGCGAGGUCUUCCAGGCCUGCCACCCAGUGGUGGACGUUACCUGGUUCUACAUGAACUGUCUGGCGGACACGUGCGCCUGCAGCCGAGGAGGUGACUGCGAGUGUUUCUGCACCAGCGUGGCGGCGUACGCACAACGCUGCUGCCACCAGGGCGUCCCUGUCGACUGGCGCUCCCCGUCACUGUGCCCUUAUGAUUGUGAAUUCUUCAACAAAGUUUUGGGUAAAGGCCCCUUCAGGCUCGUCCCCUUCAGGGAUCGGACGAUGCUGUUGGCAGCCAGCAGGUCCGGCGGUUCUGUGUUCCUGCAGUGGGGGAACCUCAGCACCACCAGCACCACCAGCAGCACCAGCAGCACCAGCAGCACCAGCACCACCAGCAGCCUCUCACAGUUCAUGAUGACACCGGGCCUCAGCAGAGCCCGACCCCACGACACAUCACGGGUUUCCUUUGAGGCGGCCCACAGACCGAACUACUUCCUGUACGCGAGCCCCAGCGGCCAGGUGAGGCUGGCCAAGUGGGAGGAGAGCGAGGCAUUCUGGGACGGGGCCACCUUCGUCCUCCACAGGAACACCUGGGUCCCCGGCUACGACUCGCUGGAAUCCCACGCCAAACCCGGCUUCUUCCUGCACACCACGCUGCUUCGCCUCCACCUGCUGAAAUACAGACACGCCGACACUUACCGCAAGGCCACGCUCUUCAGACUGACAGGCCCAAACCCAGAAUCUCCGCCUCGUCCUCAGUGUCAGUGGAGGUACGACUCCUGCGUCAUCCCCUGCUUCAGGACCUGCAGCGACCCGUCGGCCGAAGCCUGCGCCACCAUCCCACAAGUGGAGGGCUGCCUUCCUGUCUGCCCCCCCCACAUGGUUCUGGACGAGGUCACCCGUCGUUGUGUUUAUGUGGAAGACUGUAUUAAAGCCCCUGUUGUUGUGCAGCCUGUAACACCACCCGCUGCUCAGCUGACCUCUGCUGCCUCCACCUUCACCCUGAAGACCACAGUCACCACCCAGUCCUCCGCUCCACCACAUGAAUCUCCAACCACUAAAAUCACCACAGCUUCUCCUGCUGCACAGAUCACCUCCACUAUGGCCCCACCCGCCCCUGACGAGCCAACCCGACCGGUCACCGCUACUCCUGAACUUUCCAGAACAGCAGGACCUCUGUCUUCCCCAACAGCACCCCCUGCUGUCAGGCCAGGGGUUGUGAUGUCGACUGUCAGAGAGACCGAGGCCCCUCCCACCACUGUGACAGGUACAACAACAUGGACGCCCAAGGCGCUGAGCUCCACCGUCAACCCCUCCAGCCUCAGCACCUCCAGGACGAGCAUCGCUCCGUUUGCCAUCACCGCUCUGUUCUGGAUCACCUCCUCCACCAAAGCCACGGACUCCCCUGAGCCACUGGUCACCACCACUGCCACGACUCUGCAGUCGACUGCACCUGCAGCGCCAGACACCACCUCCAUCGUGGGGCCAACCAGCACCACCAGCAGCAGCCCUCUCUCUGUUGUCACACACUCAACCAAAGAGACCACAGAGGCUACAACACAUUCAGCAGCGAUUACUCCAACUGUAACAGCUUCCAGUCCCGCUCCGAUCUCAGAGACGUCUGCAGUCACAGGCAGAACCAUGGCUCCCAGUGUGGCCACCACAGCAUCCACAUUCGCCACCACAAAGAUGGUAACAGAGGAGAGACUUCCUCCAACAACAACCACACCGAUCCCGCCUGGUUCACCAAGCACAGCAUUCACAACCACAUUACCGCUCUCGACGUCUCCUCCUGUCGAAAGAGAAACUGUGUCUUUGCCCAUGGCAACUUCAGCAGAGACCACAGAAUCGGGAAAGCCAGUGGCACCGUUUACUACCAGUAAAACAACACAACACCGAAUACCAGGAACAACAACACAGAGUCUUACCACAACUAAGAUUGAGUUUACCCCCCCUCCAGAUAUUACAACCUCCACCACAUCAGCCCCUGAGUCGCCAACAUCAACCCAACUCCAUGUAGCAGCGACUACAACUGCAACAUCUGCUCCGACCUCAGCUGCUGCAGCCUGGAGGACAACGACAGCGAAAGUGGACGUACCUGAGACUACAGUUUCUGAAAAACCUGCAGCUACAACACCUGCACCUUCAUCUCCAGAGGUUACAGACAUGACAGCCUCUCCUGCGUCCCCCUCCACAGUCUACACUGAGAGAACCUCCUGGUCCGCUGCUGUCCCGACCACAGAGAGAACCGCUCACAUCACUUUUCAAAGACUGUCAGAGGCUCCAGAAACGUCCACCAUGUCCACGGGUCCUCAUGUCACAACAAAACCAACUGCACUGCCGGUGUCUCAUACCAAAACCACGACUGCACCAACGACAGAGAGCUUCGUUCAUCCUGCAACUACCCUGCGGACCUCCGAGCAAUGGCAUCCCACCCAUCAGGAGACCUCCUCCACCUCAGUCUACAGCCCGACAGUGACAAUUACACCAGAGUUCACUUCUGAACCUGUUGUCCAUGUGGUCACUUCCACCAAAACUACAGAAGUACCUCAUCCUGCUGUAACAACAACGAAGCCGGUGGUCACCAUUGCGACGUCAGCGGCUGUCACAACCUCCGCUGCCCAAACUACAACCUCAACUGAAGAAAUCGCCACUACCACAACCAGGAUACUGUUUACACCUCCAUCACCUGGACCUGGUGCACCUGCGACGCCCCUCACAACAGCCCCUACAACAGUGCCACCAGGUGAUGUCACCACCAAGCCGAGACCUGUUGUCUUCCAGCCAUUAACAGAGACGACACAUCCAGUGACAGGCAGAGUGGAGGUGUCAACAACAGCAGCAACCAGGCUGCCUCCAUCUUGGUCACCGCUGCACACAACUACGUCCGCAGCUCCACGGACGACAACUUUUUCAGACAAAGUCACCACCCGUUUGGUGUCCACCGCAAGAGCUUCACCCGCCACAACUGCUUCGAUCAUAUCACGGACGACGACCCUCAGGAUGACACCCAGAGUCCCUGUGACAACAAGAGUCACCCCAAGGAUCACAGUGACCGAGCGGUCAACAGUCAGGCCACACACUGCAAGGGUUACCAUAGCAACAAGGCCCCCAACAGUGACCACCAGAUCGACCACUCUCGGGUCGCCGACUGUCGCACCAAGCCCCGGCACAACAACCACGUCAGCAGUGCCGUCUGCAACCGUCGCAACAUCUACCGAGUCUGUCACCACAGUGAGCACAACAAAGCUUGACAACACGACCGCAGCAGUUCCCGGCCCGACCACCAUCACCCCCCGAGCGCCCGGUCCUAAUCUAACGGUCACAGCAUCUACUGCCGUCACAGCAUCUACUGCCGUCCCCACGACGACCAGCAGAGAGCCAGUCACAUCUGAGAAAACUCAGACAACCAAAGAGACUGAAGCAUCACCAUCCACAUCCCAACCAGUGAUGCCGCCACCUGACGAGCUCGUCUCCACCCACCAGCCGGGGAUAACCUCUCCUGCUGCGACGUCACUCCUAACAGCCACCAGGGUCCAAACUACUGAGUCGGACAAAGUGGGUCAGACCAGUCCAGGUGCAACAGCGUCUCCUGCACCUGCAACGAGCAGACACACGGCGGAGGGCUCAACGGCUGAGGCUGUUGCACCAAUGAGGAUGUGCAGCCCUCCGUACGCAGAGAUCGUUGACGAGUGCACAAAGUACAUCUGUGUCAACAACCAGCUCGUCCUGUUCAACAAAUCUCAGAGCUGUCCCUUUACCUCCGAACCCCCGAACUGUGGCCUGCUUGGCUUCGCUAUCCUGGUCAAUGGAGACAAGUGCUGCCCUCAGUGGGACUGUCCAUGUCGCUGCUCGAUGUUUCCGGACUUGAAUGUGAUCACGUUUGAUGGGAACAGCGUUGCCAUCUACAAGGCUGCCUCAUACGUCGUGACCCAGCUGCCCAACGAGACCGUCAGCGUCCUGGUUCAGGAGUGUCCCGCAGACUCUGAGUCGCUGCUCCUCUGGAAUUUCACCAACCUCUGUCUGGUGGCGUUAAACAUCACACACAAGUCCAACCACAUCGUCAUCAACCGGCUGCAGAGGAGGCUUUACGUAAAUUCCCGAUACGCCAAACCCCGUUUCAAGAAGUAUGGCUUCGAGAUCUACGACACAGGAAACAUGUACCUGAUCCGCAGCCCAGCCGGUCUGAAGCUGCAGUGGUAUCACAGCACCGGGAUGAUGGUGAUCGACAGCUCCAGCAACAAGCUUCCUACCAUGGGCCUCUGUGGUUUCUGUGACGGAGACCCAACCAACGACCUGACUUUGGCCAACGGCACCAUUUUGGGCGUGAGCGAGGAUCCGGCUCUUUUCAUCGACAGCUGGCAGGUUCCCAACACCACCAGCUACAUCAGCCAGAGCCGCCGCCGCGAGCUCAACUGCUCGACCAGCGACUGCUCCGUAUGCAUGGACAUGCUGCAGAACCACCACUUCUCCUCCUGCCACGCCUUCGUCCCGCCCAGCACAUUUUGUGAGGUCUGGGUCCGAGAUGCAGAGUACGUCAACAACCAGUGUGUGGCGCUGGCUGCAUAUGUGGCCUCGUGUCACAAAUUUAACAUCUGCAUCGAGUGGAGGAGUCCGGAUCGCUGUCCCUUUGCGUGUCCCGACACUCUGCGGUAUCAGGCCUGUCUGCCGGCGUGCACGUCUCAGUCCUGCCCCAACCACGACUGACUCCGACCUGACCAGUGUUCAGGCCUGACCGAGGGCUGCGUGUGUCCUGAGGGGACGCUGCUCCACCGGCCCUACUCCGCCCUCUGCAUCUCACCCGAGAAAUGCGCCUGCACCGACAGCUCCGGCGCUCCCCGUGCUCACGGCGAGGUGUGGAAGGCCUCGAAGGACGCCUGCUGCAUGUACCGCUGCGACAACGACUCCAUCGUCCCCGUGGAGUACGACUGCUCCAACGUGGCGGCGCCCGUGUGCCGCAGAGCAGGGGAGGUGAUCAUCGGCCUGGCCGACGACACCAGCUGCUGCCCACAGAGAGUCUGCGUUUGUAACCAGAGCCUGUGUGACCUGCUCCCUCCUGAGUGUAAGUACGGGGAGAAGCUGGUUUCGUACUACAGGCAGGACUCCUGCUGUCCGCACUACGUCUGUGAGUGUGACCCUGAUCUCUGUGAGUCGGACCUUCCCACCUGCAGAGAGGACCAGACUCUGAUCGCCACCAGAGCCGAUGGCAGCUGCUGUCUGGCCCACAUCUGCAUGUGUUCCUCCUCCUGUCCGGGACGCUCCUCUCUGUUGGGACGGGAGGUGCUGACGGUCGACGGGAACGUCACCGACCGCUGCUGCCCCGCCUACCAGUGUGAAUGUUCCUGUGAGAAAAUCGCUUCCCCAAAAUGUGGCCUGGGAGAGGCCGCUCAGCUGGACCGGGCCUUCCUGUCCGACCCACAGAACCAGUGCUCCUGCAAAAGAUACAAGUGUGUGCGCGAGGCGGUGUGUGUGUUUGGCGAGCGGGGGGUGCUGCGGCCGGGCCAGACUCUGGGGGACCGGGACGACGGCCUGUGUCACAGCCGGCAGUGCAGCCGCAGCCUCGACCCGGCGAGCGGCUUCCACCUGCUCCGCACCUCCAGCAUCAACUGCUCCACCCACUGCCAGCCGAAUCAGAUCUACGUCCCUCCCAAAGACCAGUCGACAUGUUGUGGUGCUUGUAAGAACAUUUCUUGCCUCUAUGAACACGAGAACGGGACGGUGGCGCUCUAUAAGCCGGGAAUAUCCUGGGUGUGGAACUGUGUGAAGUUCGACUGCACAGACACUUUGUCCGGACCCACACUCAUCUCCUACUCCUUCAGCUGCCCCCCCUUCAACGAGACCGAGUGCAUGAAGAUCGGUGGAACAGUCGUAAGUUACAUGGACGGAUGCUGCAGAACAUGCAAAGAAGAUGGAAAGUCGUGUCAGCGGGUGACGGUGAGGAUGACGAUCAGGAAGAACGACUGUCGCAGUAACAGGCCGGUGAACAUCGUGUCAUGUGACGGGAAGUGUCCGUCCGCCAGCAUCUACAACUACAACAUCAACACGUACGCUCGCUUCUGCAAGUGCUGCCGGGAGACGGGGCUGCAGCGGCGCUCGGUGCAGCUCUACUGCAGCGGCAACGCAACCUGGGUCAGCUACAGCAUCCAGGAGCCCACCGACUGCUCCUGCCAGUGGUCCUGAACACACACACACACACAAAGUACGAUGUUCUGGUGCCUCUGCUGGCAGGGAGGUCGAACUGCAGCUUCAUCUGCAGCAGUCGACACGUGACGACUUUAUUGGUCAUUUAUAUUUAUAGUUUUGAUUUUAGCCGAGAAAAGUUUUGACGCUGCAAGAUAAAACAUUUACUAAAAUUAAAUAUACAAACUGCACUUGAAGCUGUUUACGUAUCAUUUUACCAUCAUCUGUAGUUAAAGAUGGACGACAUGGCUGCUCCUCAAAAGUGAAGCCAAAUGAUCUUGAUCGCCCCUUGCUGGCUGGCUGCAGUAUAAUUCAUAAAUCUUGCCUCCUCCAUGUUAGUAGUUGGGAUCAGAGAUAUUUUGGCUUCAUUUUUGAUCAACAGGAGGAAGUGGAGACGUCAUCCAUCUUUAUUUUACAGUCCAUGGUUCAAAGUUACUGUUCAAACUGCUGUAGCGCCACCUCCCUGUCAGCCUGCACACUCUCCACAUCUCCUCCCAUUGUGCCUGGUUUUUGUAAAUAACUAAAUUUCCUAAUGUUUGAAAAUGUUUUGCAACAUCAAACACUUUGAGAUUUCCCUCUUAUUAAGACAAUAAAUUGUAAAUGUACUGAUUACACACAUCUUUUAGAUAAUCAGAGGGAGUCAGGUGAAUGAACUGAUUUGAAUCCAGCAGUAUGUGGAGCACUUUAUUUAUUUAUUGGAGUUCGAUAGAGCAAAGCUGUUUUUAUUUGGUGGAAACAUUUGGUCCAAGCGGAGAAGAAACAAACCAAACUUUGAUUUGGUUCAAUUAUCGAUGACAGAAAAUACAGGGAGAGCACGGUGGAGCGUUAUAGAUGCAUGUUUCUCUGUGGACCAAACUUCUUUCUUCUUUGUUCAUAUCAAACACUGGAUAUUUUAAAGUUAAA